GCUAGCUGAUUUGAAGGACGCGUAGAGAGAGAGAGAGGAGGAGGAGAAAGCGCGCGAAAGCAUGGCCGGGAAUGGGAGGAAAACUUGGAACAGAAGAGGAGAAUCUCAGCAAAGCGGAACAGUGAGGAGAGGUGUACAGCAGAGCUGCGCUUUGCCCACUGAUUAUGUCAGGCAUAGCAAAGCCGUUUGGCCAGAUCUUCCCUCCCGAUCGACUUGUUUAAUCGGCGACAUGCCGACAUCUCGGAGUAAAAUGGCGGGCCACUGCCGUUCCAUCCGACAGUGGCAUCGGCGCCGGCCAUGGAAGCGGACGAGCUGCUGAAGAAGCUAAGGGUGCUGGAGGAGGGGCAGGCCGAGCUCAAGCGGGAGGUAGGCAGGCUCAUGCCGGACCGUCCCCGCGGCGCACAGUCCACGGCCCGUCGCCGCGCGCGGCUGUCAUCGUCGUGGCAGGUCGCCGCCCGCGGCAGGUUGCCCGACAGGCACUGCCACUGGAUACUGCAGUCUCUGGGGCAGGCCGUGCACGUCAUUGCCCCCGACGGGAGGUUCCUGUACUGGAGCCGGUAUUCUGAGCAUAUGUUUGGCUAUUCUGCAUCAGAAGCAAUUGGCCAGAAUGCCGUUGAAUUAAUCGUUCAUCCCGCUGACUACGAUGCAGCAAAAAUUGUCAUCCAGAAAAUAUUUAAGGGGAAGUGUUGGAGAGGGAAGUUUGUUCUUUGUCAGUAAUUCACACGAUGCAGCAAAAAUUGUCAUCCAGAAAAUAUUUAAGAACUACUUGAGCUGUUUGUUCU